AAACGGGGUAGUGUGACUCAUACAGUCAAGUCUUCACUUUCAGUUCCACAGACAGACGAAACCCCAUGGCGGUGGAGAUAAGCAGCAGCAGCAAGGGGACCUCUUCCACUUCCACUUCCACUUCCACAGACAGACUCGGUUUCCUCAAUUUUUACUUCUGCUGCUUCCUCUCCCUAAUUUCGUCGUCGUCCUCCUCCUCCUCCUUGGUUGUGGCCGCGUCGCCGUCGCCGUCCCAACAGCUGAUCAUAUCAAGAUUUCAACAAUACCUGCAAAUCAACACGGCCCAUCCCAACCCUAAUUAUCAGGAAGCAGCCGAUUUCAUUCUCUCUCAGGCCAAAUCCCUCUCUCUCGAAUCCCAGAGCCUAGAUUUCGUCGAUGGAAAACCCCUCGUCCUCCUCAAAUGGCCUGGUAAGAACCCCCAUCUCCCUUCCAUCCUUCUCAAUUCCCACACUGACGUUGUUCCCGCUGAGCAUCACAAGUGGUCCCACCCUCCUUUCGACGCUCAUCUCAACGACCACGACGGCCGUAUCUACGCCAGGGGAUCGCAGGACAUGAAGUGCGUGGGAUUACAGUACCUGGAGGCUAUCCGCAAAUUGAAGAACUCCGGCUUCGAGCCCACCCGCACUGUCUACUUGUCCUUUGUCCCCGACGAGGAAAUCGGCGGCCACGAUGGUGCUGAGAAGUUGGCAGAUUCCGAUAUUUUUAACAAGAUGAAUGUAGGCAUAGUGCUGGAUGAAGGUCUGGCCUCUCCAAACCAGAAUUACAGGGUGUUCUAUGGGGAGAGAUGCCCUUGGUGGCUGGUCAUAAAGGCUUCUGGUGCUCCUGGGCAUGGCUCUAAGCUUUAUGACAACUCUGCUUUGGAGAAUCUGUUGAAGAGCAUCGAGAUCAUUAGGAGGUUUCGCGCUGCUCAAUUUGAUCUGGUUAAGGCUGGCCUCAAGGCUGAAGGAGAGGUUGUUUCUGUUAAUACAGUCUUUCUAAAAGCUGGCACCCCUUCUCCCUCUGGUUUCGUCAUGAAUCUGCAGCCAUCUGAAGCGGAAGCAGGUUUUGACAUUCGAGUACCACCAACCGCUGAUCCAGCAUCCCUGGAGAGACGAAUUGCUGAAGAAUGGGCACCAGUUUCACGUAAUAUGACUUUUGAGUUUAAGCAGAAGGCUUCUGUUUAUGACAAAUUUGGGAAGCCAAUCCUCUCAGCUACCGACAGUUCUAAUCCAUGGUGGGCACUGUUAGAAGGAGCCGUCAAGAAAGCCAAUGGAAAGAUAGGAAAGCCUGAGAUAUUUCCUGCUGCCACAGAUGCUCGCUAUUUCCGAGAACGAGGCUUGCCGGCGAUUGGUUUUUCGCCAAUGGCAAACACUCCAAUUCUGCUUCAUGAUCACAAUGAGUUUCUGAGCAAGGAUGAGUACCUGAAAGGAAUUGAUAUAUAUGAGUCAAUAAUUAGCGCUUAUGCAUCUUACAUUGGAGAUAUGAAAGAUGGAGCUUCUAGAGAAGAGUUGUGAAAACAUGGCAUGCCUCUCCCAUCCAUGAAACAAAAUUCUUGGCAUCAGCUUCUGCCAAUUCUACCAGACAUGGAAGCCAGGAAUUGCAUGUUUGACCGACUCAUAAACUUCAGGAGCUAUGGGUUUGCCGAUUGCCACAGCCCCAUUGGGGUGAUUUGUCAUGUAUAAGUGGCAACCAUGUACAAUAAACUUAAUUUUUAUUAGUCUUUGGAUAUUGCUUUGCAUUUUGCAGUGCCCUUAGACCUGAUACAAUCACUCCUCGUAUCUUACUCCAUGGAAAAAUGAGUUGUGCUUUGUAGAUAUGAUACGGGCUGUGUAACAUUGCUCUUCGCUUUGUUGCUUAAUAAAUUGUUGACUACUGUUUUGAUAUGA